GGCGCCCGGCAUGUCGGUGCACUAUACGCUCAAUCUCCGCGUCUUCUGGCCCCUGGUGACGGGUCUGUGCACCGCCCUCGUGUGCCUGUACCACGUGCUGCGAGGAAGCGGGGACGCUCGGGCAGAGCCCCCCGACGGCGCCGACGGCGGCUUCUCGUUGCUCAAGGCGGCCGCCCUGCUCUUCCUCGGCUAUGUCCUCCUGCGCUGUCGCCACGCAGUCCGGCAGCGCUUCCUGCCUGCGUCUCCCCGUUUGGGAGACCGCUCCACCUUCUCCCGGAGACCUUUCCAAGAGCCGGGACUCAGCAUCUUGUUGGAGAGUUACUACGAGCACGAGGUGCGCCUGUCUCCGCACGUGCUAGGGCACAGCAAGGCGCACGUGAGCCGGAUCGUCGGCGAGCUGGUGCGGGCUGGCCGCGCCCGGGGGUCCCCAGGCCCCAUCCCAGGGGGAGCGCUGGCUUUGGCCUUCCGUGGAGACUUCAUCCAGGUGGGCAGCGCCUACGAGCAGCAUAAAAUCCGCCGGCCCGACGGCUUCGACGUGCUGGUGCCUCUGCGUCUCCCGCCGCUGGUGGCGCUGGAUCCACGGAGUCUGGGCGCGGAGCCAGAGUUGGCCCCGGCCUUCCGCAGCUGCUUCGUUUGUGCCCUCAAGGCACCGCCCUCGCCAUCGCCCUCGCCCUCUGGGGCCUCAGGAGGCCACUGGCUUCGGGAAUGCAAACCCUUCUCUGAUGGUUUCUGCCUGGAUGUGCGUGGGCGGCGCCACCUCUCUGCCACUCUGGUGUUGCGCUGGUUCCAGUCGCACCUGCAGCGCUCCCUGGCCACCGUGCGCUACAGCCUGGAGGGGCGCUGCCGGGUCACCCUGACCCCCGGUGGCCUGGAGCAACCCCCUACUUUACACAUCUUGCCCUGCCGCACGGACUACGGGUGCUGCCGCCUUUCUAUGGCGGUGCGUCUCAUCCCCGCAGUCCACGUGGGAGAUGGAGUCUUCCUUGUGGCACCACCACUGCCACCCUUACCCACUGGGCCCCUGUCAGAGCUCCCUGGGGGCCUGCGCAUGGAGGUACUGUGGGGUGUGAACACGGCGCGCCAGGAGCAGAGGCUGCUGAGCUGGCUGCAGGAACGGGCUCCUCCAGGUGCCUGCUACCUCAAGUGUUUGCAGUUGCUAAAGGCUCUGCGGGACCUGGGUGCCCGUGGGCUGGACUUAACGGCGGCCACCCAGUGGGGACGCAUCCUGUCCUCAUAUGUGCUCAAGACAGUGCUGCUGGCGGUGCUGUUGCGCAAGGGGACCCCUGCACAAGGCUGGGACGAAGCACACCUAGGCGAGUGCUUGGAAGAGCUGGUGCAGUUCCUCAGGGACUGCCUGUUGCGACGUCAAACUCUCUUCCACUGUGUCCUGGGCCCUGGUGGGGCUGCUGCCGAGGUGGGCCCCCUUCCAAAGGUACUGCGUGAGGCUGCUCCAGUUGAUCUUCUGGCCUCUUUUGACAGGCAUUCCCGGGAACUUGCAGCAGCGCGGUUGCUGUCCACGUGGCGAAGGUUACCCCAGCUUCUUCGGGCCUACGGGGGUCCCCGUUACCUUGCCAGGUGCCCUCCACCCCGGAGUCAGCGCACCCAGGGGUUCCCUGAAGAGGAACCGUAAACCCUGCAGCACCCACCUAGCCAAAUGCUCCUAAAGCCUUUCCCAUUGAGUGGGGGGUGGGGAUGGCCAUAAAGCCAGUUAAAUGCAAGAUUGUAGAAGGUAUUAGAAAAUAUGGAGGAUGCCACAGGCUUUGGUGGCCCAAAUGUCACCACUCCUGACAAUCCUGAAUACUUACAGCAUGUUCUUCACACCCACUAGUGUGUUCUGAGCAAGCAAUGGAAAGCUCUGGAAAGGCUCUGGGCAAGUUCUGCAAGUGCAGCGUCUAAGAGUUUGUCCAAAUGUUGGUUGGUGUGGAAUGAUUCUGUAGAAGUAUCUCGCUUUUAGGCUAGUCCAGUGGAGGAAGCAAAAUCUAGCCACAGGGAAAGUUCCUUCUCUCAGUUUUUAGAUACAGAUUUAUCCACCCAAAAACUUAAAAAAAAAAAAACAAACUAAUAUUUUUGACUUAACUACUUGCUAGGUACUGGGAUUUUUCUAUUGUCUUUGUAUUUUUAAAAAAUCUGAAUUUUUAUCCACAACUGGAAUUGAAGUUCUAUUCUAGAGGUUAAUGUUCUGAGGAACAUAAUUUCCACUAUUCAAAUUAAUAUUAAUGUAUUUUUCAAAUAGUGCAAUCACAGGUGUUCGACAGGAUUGUCAAAAAUUAAGUCAUACGUGUCGAGAGGCAAUCAAGAGCUGGUUAGAGACACGUCCAGAGCAAAUAGCACUUUAUUUUGAUCAGUUCUCUCCUUUUGUGGUAAUUGCUAGCACCAAGUGUUGCGUCUUGAAAGGGAGGCCAGUUACAUUUAGCAUUAAGAAAUGUGCAGGCUUGAAAAGCAGCCAGCAUGUUGGCUUAACAUCCCCGCAGGUAUAAGCUGGGAUAUAUACCAGUCAGUCAACACCGGCUCGUUGCCCGUCUCCUAUGAGCCAGCCACAGUGCAAAGCAGCAGUAAAAUACACAUUCAAGACAGCACUGGUGAGGGCAUAAAACAUGUCAGGUCUGGAGAAAGAUGUGUUUCAGGCUUUGCCUUUAAAGGUGCUUCUUCAGGGCUUGCUGCUGGCUGGAGGCAGAAUUUUUUGUUGUUUUAAGGCUAUUUAGCAAACUGCUUAGCGUAAUGAACUAAUGAAAAGGAAAAGCCUGCUGCAGUGCCUACCACAUAGCGCUUUCAAUGAAUGCUAGUGAUGGUUAGUGGUUGGAAGGUUCUUCCUUGCCCUGGCAGCCUUAUGUGGGCCCAUGAGCUAACUUUGAGCUGUUGAUUCACCAUAGGUUUUACAGAACAUUUCACUUACAGUUCAGUGUCUGGGUCUCCAUGUUUGAAGAUAGUUACUCUGUGGUCAUUGAGCAGAGGAGACAGCUUUCAAUAGCACUCUGCUUUGUUUUCUUUUUUUCUCUUUGGGCAUAAAUAUCACCAGAUUGGAUAUAUUUUGUAGCCAGGAAGGGCUCAUUCUGAAAUCUUUCCUGUCCUCCCAAAUUUCUCACAGCCCUCAGUUGCAGUUCAGAAAAGUCCAUCAUCUUGGAAAAGCAGCCAGUCCCAGCAUUAUUGAGAUUUUUUUUAAAAAUCAAAGACAUGUACUUCCUUAGGCUCAUGAAAGUAUAACUUAGAAGACAGAAAUAGCUAUGUGAAUAGAAGCAUUGUUUCUGAAUUUUUUUUGAGGGGACUCUAUAAACCUUUCUUUGGAAGACUCAUUUGGUGGGAAGUCAUUGUGAAUAAAUGAUUUAUAGGGAAUCUUUUUCAUCAGAGCUGCAAGCUUCUUGUAUGUUAUAUACCCUUUGCAACCUUGGGCUGAAAGAGAAACAGCUGCAAAUGUGCUGUCUCUUUUAUGUUUGGGGGACUGUUCCCCACAAAGGUCAUUCCUAGCUUUAGAGAUCAAUGUUAGGUCAUAAGGUACUACAUUGAGCUAAGGGAUCAGUCCAGCAACUUCCUGCAUAGAAACUGCACAGUAUUUUUUUAAAUUAGUUUUUAAAAUGCAAGAGUAGAUUUUUUUUUACAUAUAUAUAUAUUUUUUCCAUGCUUAGUCACCAUUUCCCUUGUACUCAUUGGAGUGGGGGACAGUGAGGGUAUUGGAGGGAUUAUAAAGCUUUAAAAGCUGAAUUUUCCAAAUAUUUUUGAAUCAGUGGGUUCCUUUUUGAAAAAAAUCUUAAUAGUAUUUUGAAGUAUAAAUCUGGUAACUUACUGUUCUUGUAGUGUUCUUGUUUUUUUUUUUUUUCUUCAGGUUAUUUACCCAAAGCCUCAUCCAUCCUCAAGGUUUUUAAAUUUUAUUUUUUUUUAAUUAAUGGGGCAUUGUAUUUGUGAAUUUUUAAAACAUUCAUGUUUUAUUUAAAUGCCAUGCUGAGCAAUUAUUCUCUGUACAUGGUAGCCAAAACUUAAGAGUUCGAUCAAUUUUGAUCUAUGUUUAGUAAGCCAAAACGUGUACUGUGUACAAAUGAAAUAAUAUGGUGCAUUAGCCAGGGUGUGAUGGUUGCCCGAGGCACUUAAAUUAAGCUCAGUUCUGUAUUUUAUUUGGGCUCUGCCCUGUUCUUCAUCUGAAAUGUACACACUUUUAGUGUAUGCUUGGUACUGGAGAGUCAUAUAUGCAAAUAUUCUCAUACACAAAGGCACCACAAGGGCAACAAAAACCAGUUGUCUGGCUAGUGCCUGAAGAAAAUCUUUUUGGGGAAGAUGAGUCAGCCGUUCUGGGCCUGAGACACCCUUCAGUAACGCCCACUGGCUGGUCUUGGGAGUCUUGCUGGAAUGAAUGCUCCUAGGCUGCUGAGAGGAGAUGUUUUUUGCAGAAUGAAACUGAAGCUGAAAGAAGGGGGAAUUCGAAUGAACCAAAAGAAAUCAGAAGACUGGGAGGAGGACUUAAGAUGGAAGUGAAAGGAAGAGAGGGGAGAAGGGAAACCGAGGUGAAAAUCACAUGAGGAUGCAAGGGAGGUUUGGAUUAGGAGAUAUACCUGCUGUUUCUGACCAGGGGUUGCAAACUCGGCAGGCUGCAGGCCUAAGGGGGGAGGUAAAUAAGGAAAGAAGUGGGCGGGCAGUGGGAACCGUGCCCACCUUAAACAGGGCAGCUGUUACUGGGCUCCGUGCAGUAAAAAGAGGGGAGGGGAGGCUGGAAAUUGGGAUUUUUUUUUUUUUUUUGAAAAGUGAAACUUGCUGAUUUUUAAACACAUAAGCUUAAAACGUGCAAAGGACCAUGUGGUUGAGCCUGGGGGCCACCAGUUUGCAACCCCUGCCUUAUGCAGUUACCAACCCCAAAUGUGUAUAAGGUUCUACUUUUUGUUAUGGAUACAGUAGUGGUAUGUAUAGUUGGAAUGUUUCACAUCAUCUUUCUCAGAACUAAGUUUUAUUGUAGUAAAAAAAAACAAGAAAAAAAAAUUAACAUGGCCAUAGAUAACACUUAACUCGUAAUUCCCAGAAAGACCCUUGAUCCUGGAGUUCAUCUUUUGAAGUCAGAUCCUAUAAUUACUUGGGGCCCUGGUUCUUGGCACUUGUUUCCUGGUGAUUUGGAGUAAACUUGGCUCUGUCAGAGUUUGCAGAUGAGUAAUCAGGAAGGAUUGCAGAAUAACUUGUUUUUUUUGCGUUGUAUUCUUACAUUAAAAUAACUUUUGGGGGAGUGGUAUCCUAGCCUGUACCUUUGCAAUGAUGAUUGGUGAACACCAGAAAAAGUGCUGGGUAGGGGAGGGCACACUUCUUAGGCUUAUACCAUUCCCAUUUCUGAGAACACUGUUCUGAUCAGACUUCAUUCCUUAAUUUAUCUCUUUCCAGCUAAAAUUGGCAUCCUAGCACCUGAAGGAAUUAAACUCUUGUGCUUCCAAAGCAUCUUGUUUAGCUUGUGGAACAAGUCCCUUUUCUCUGUAAUGUAAUGGCUUUUGAUCUACUCACAUGGGGAAAAACUGUUACCUCCCUCUCCAGCGUCUGGAGAAAAUGAAUCUAACAUUUCCAGGGUCCCUCAAGAGGGAAAGGAGUUUAGUGUUAUCAUUGUGGUAUUUGUUUAGUUUUUUAAAAAAACACUUGUCUGUUACUUCCUCACAGGACUUUUUUUUAAUGCCUACUUAGCACAUGAUUGAGUGGAGAUACAGCAAGUGUAAGGUGGUUGAAGGGGAAGAAUGUGCGAUCACGUACGGAAAGAGACUAAAAUGUGCAGGUAAAUCAUAUAUACUGUAAUCUGGUUUUUGAAGUCUAAUAUUUGGGAAUAUUUUCAGCUUUUGCUUUAAAAAGAAAAGUGCCUUGAUUCAGUUGCUUGACUUAAAACAUUCCUAUUUUAUUGGUAUUUUAAAUAGCAAACUGUAUUAGGAUGCAGUCUGGUGACUGCAGUCAUAGGGUAAGUUUUGUUCCAAAGAUAGAGACCAAAGAGUUAAUCAAAUAUGGUUCAGCUGCUACCAUUGUGUGAUUAAAAGGCCUCGUAAUCACACCAAAUUUCCACGGUCCAGUCAAGGCCUGCCAUUUGUUUUCUAUUUCAGGUUGAAGUAAAUUUGCACUUUUAAUCAUAUGGGUCAUUUGGGGACCUUGUUCUUUUAUAUUUGCUUUAUUAAUAAAGGAACUUGUAAAAA